ACUUGUCAUCUGACAUUCUCCAUUUAUUUUGAAGGAUCAUUCGCCAGCCCGUUGACAGAAUCUACUUUGCUGGCACCGAGACAGCUACCCAAUGGAGCGGAUAUAUGGAGGGGGCUGUACAGGCAGGAGAGAGAGCAGCCAGAGAGAUAUUGCACAGUAUGGGGAGGAUCUCAAAGAAUGAAAUUUGGAUGCCAGAGCCAGAGUCAAAGGAUGUCCCAUCCCGACCAUUCACCACCACCUUCUGGGAAAGGAACCUGCCAUCUGUGCCAGGACUGCUGUGCCUGCUUAGCUCUACCCUGUGUUUUACCUCUGUGGCUGCUGCAGGGCUGUUUGCGUAUAAAAAGGGACUGCUAAUUCGGAACUAGUGGGAACUACAUGUCCAAUGAAAGCUGCAUAGUACCU